AUGAAACAAAAUACAUGGAUCAAAUUAGUAAACACCUCUAAUACUAAAUUUAAGAAAAUUUCCAAAAAACAAGCGUCAAUUAUAGAAAGCAAUCAUAUUAAAUACGAAGAAGAGGUUUUUCUUGGUGAUAUUCAGUCCAAAUUACAACCAAAGUUUAUGAUUGUUGUCUUCAGAAGUAUUUACCAAAAUAAUAACAUCCAAUUCACGUAUGACACUGUGGAAUAUCAAGAGCACAAGUUUGUGGUAUUUUGCAUUUCUGGAAAUGUGUCAGAGAGUUCUAUUACAGUAGACUACAACCUCCAUGAUCCUGUAUUUGAGGUUUGUAUGGCAAGUAGAAGCAAGAUAAUUGAGAUUAUAUGGAGAACAAAUAAGGAACUUUACAAAAUAUUACAGGAAAAUAAUGUAAUACCCGAUUUGGAAUACUCUUCAUUUAAUUUUGAGCCUUUAAUCGAUCGAAACUCAUCUUCCUUCAAUGAGAUGAAAAAGAGAGUCCCACGAAAGUGUGAAAACCUUCAAUGUGCAAAGGAAUAA